UUUUUUUUUAUUUGCUCCUCCCAUGUGAAUAUAUUCUGCAGCUCAUAUAUCUUUGCUUAUUUUUUACAAAGACACAGACAAAGCAAGCUUUAGUGCUGUUCUGCUGUACUCUCAACAUGGACACAAUAUCUUCCAGCUUCCUCGUCAUCCUGUUUCUAGGAAUAAACUAUUCAUCGUCAGAUAUUUUGCAUCGGCAGAAAAGAACCUGGAUAAUAGAUACCUUUUCAAUCGAAGAGGAAUACAGUGGAACUCAUCCGUAUGUACUCGGCAAAAUUGAACUGGAGAAUAAGUUCACACUUAUGAAGCUGCAUGGUCAAGGAGUCGAUGAGGAGCCCAAGGGGAAACUGAAAAUUGACCCAAACACAGGGAUUAUCACCGUGCUCGGCAAAUUGGACUAUGAGAAAAACCAAAGACUUAUGUUGAAAUUUGAGGCAGUCGACAGAGUUACAGACGUCGUGGACACCAAACUUUCUGUUGAGGUGCAAAUCUUGGACGUAAAUGACAAUGUUCCUACUUUUACACAAACGUAUUAUAUGGUCCAUAUGAAAGAGUCAGCCCCACAAGGUUCAUAUGUGAUGGUUGUCUCUGCCACGGAUUUAGACAACAGAAACAGCAAGAAUGGCACGUUUGGCUUCAAGAUUGUGUCCGUCACCCCAGAGCCCUCUGACCUGGAAUUCUACAUGGAAAAGAACAGUGGUUAUGGAAACAUCUCAUUUAGAGGGUGUCUGGACUAUGAGAAAUCAAAGACGUACACUAUCCUGGUGGAGGUGAAAGACCACGGGGAAGCGAUUCAGCUGUCAAGCACCUGCACCGUGGUCGUCAAUAUCGAUGACGAAAACAACCACCUUCCCGUCUUCACAGGGCCCUCGCAAAGUGCAACUCUGGAAGAAGGGAUAGUAGGCGUGGAGGUUUUACGCAUGCAAGCGACGGACAGAGACACCAAGGGCACAGAUGCCUGGAAGGUCAAUUAUGUCAUCCAUGGAAAAAGUGGUGUAAACUUCAGAAUCGUCACAGAUCCAGAGACAAAUGAAGGGGUCUUGUCCGUGAUAAAGCCCUUGGACUACGAGGACCAAUCGCUUUUGAACUUGACCAUUAGUGUGGAGAAUUAUGGGAAAUAUUUUUCUUGCAAGGUUGUGAACAAGAAUGUAAACAGCAUUGGUCAUUGGAAAGUGUUGACAACGAAUGAGAAGCCUGAGCUGUCCACAAAGGUUGUAAUGGUGAAUGUUUUAGAUGUGAACAGCCCACCCGUAUUCAAGCCCAAGAACAAAACAGUGACGGUGUAUGAGGACAUUUCUGUUGGGUAUAAUCUAGGGGCUAUGACAGCGGUUGACAGGGAUGUGGCACAUGGAAACAAGAUUCGUUAUUUCAAAGGAGAGGAUCCUGCCAAAUGGGUGACUGUGGAUCCAAAGAACGGUGUCAUAUCAACAGUCAAAACAUUAGACAGAGAAUCAUCUGAUGUUAAAAAAGAUAUCUAUACAGUCACUGUGAUAGCUGUUGACGACGGUGAGCCUCCGGCAACUGGAACCGGAACCCUGUUCAUACACCUGAGAGACCGAAAUGACAACACUCCCCUACUGGACGCCACAUCGAUUGGAAUAUGCAUCUCCGAUAACGACGCGGAUUCCAAAGCAAACAUCACUGCCUUCGAUCGUGAUGUGGAGCCCUUCGCCGGGCCCUUUACCUUCAAACUCCUCGGAGACGUGAAGGACAAGUGGAGGAUUGAGCCUGAAUAUGGGUACUCGGUCAACCUCUUCCGAGAGGACCGGAUCCCCACCGGGCAGCAUGUGGUUCAGCUGAAGGUGUCUGAUCAGCAGGACAACUCUGCUCUGCACAACGUCACCGUGAUUGUGUGUGAAUGCGCGGCUACCAACAUCGGGGGUAUGCCCAACUGUCUGGAACGCCAACUCUCCAGCUCCAUCGGUUUCAGCGGAGCCGCUCCGAUAGGGUUUAUUGCCAUUCUUCUCCUACUAGGUAUAUUGCUUUUGGGGCUUCUACUAUCGUGCAAGAAAGAGGUUAUGCUCAUGCCAGAUGAAGGGACCGAACAAAACCUGAUUUGCUCAAACUCAGAGCAGCGGGGAAGCGACUGCAAGAUGUCAUUGAAAGCCUUACACGAGAGGGAGGACAGGAUCCAGAGGACUUGCGUGCACGACAUUGGCUACCAGUUCCAGACUGCUGAUUUGGAUAACGAUGUCUUUCCAAAGUUGAACACUUCCUUUUGCGACACUCACAAUGGCUAUACAAGUGCAAACUCUUUCAUGGGGGGAGCUCAAAAUGGCUCAACUAGGAUAAACUCUUCCAUGAGAAGAACAAACGGCGAACAUCAUGCUGCUUUGGAAGACAUUUUAGAGCAACGCAACUUCCUGCAACAAUUCAUAGAGAGGAGAGUCGGGAUCCUCCAGGCCCCAGGGGAGGAGUUGGGAGAUUACGCCCCUCACCUGUACGGUGAGGAGGACCACCCAGACAGCAGCCAACCGCUGGAGACCAUCCCCAUCCAGGAGGUCCCCUUCCACCCAGACAUGCUGCAGUACCUGGACACAAAAUUCAACACGCUGGCCUCCCUCUGCAGCCCCGAAAUUAAAUCCUCGUAAACAUGUACGUGAGCACACAGAUGCAUGCAUAGACGCAUUUACACCCACCCACACCCACACACAUAACACCCUGGUAUCGGAGCCAACGGACAAACUUCGAGGUAAAUAUUUGACUAAAUUACUUAAUAAUUAAUUAACUCCAACGGCCCAAGGUGAACAACAGUGUGUAAUACACUGCUUUAUUGAAUUCAUUACUUUCAAAUAUUUGUUUGAAAUAUUUGGUCAAGUAAGAUUAAAGAAGUUUAACAUAGUUUGUUAAACAUAGUGUGACAACUUUGUAGUUUUUCUUAGACUGCCAAAUUCCACCAAGUGGAAUGACUUAAAUCACUAAGAUAUAUGUACUGAAAUAUAUGUCUAUUUUUUGUGUAGUGUACAUUUAUUUAGUGUAAAGCUCUGUGUGCUUUCCUGUCGCGUGAACAUGAUUUAUUGAAAUUAAUUUGACUGCCUUGUCUGCCUCUUAAUCUCUGGAACUAAGUGGGUUCACACAAGUUCACACAUUUCUUGGAACUAUCUUGAUGCAUUUCACCAUAACAUUAACAAUAAACAACACUGGUUGCAUGGUUAUUCUAGCAUUUUUGGUCAGGAAGUACCAAGAUGGUGGCCUGCACUUAUCUGAUCGAAACCUUGAUAUUAUCUAUGUAUUUCAGAAAAACAGAGAUAACUAUACUUAUAAUAUUUUAAGUUGUUGCUUCUUUUUGCCACUUGGUCAUAAAGCUCUUUUUUGUAGCUGGACUUUAAUUUUGGUUGUAGGUUUGUUAUUUAUUAUGGGCUAUUAUUGUAAGCAACUGUGUAAAAAAGCAUCUGAAUGUAAUGCAUAUGUUGCCAAGUAUGGAAUCUUAGCAACAAUUAGUCCUGUCUGUGUUGUGAGAUUGUGGUAAAUGGGGCGCAUGGCAAAUUACAAUAUAGCUGGGGAGCCCCAAAGUGACAAUUUUUCAUCAUCAUUUCAUAAUUUCUUUACUCUGCUAGUGGGUCUGUUUUUUAGGAGGAAUUUAAGUUUUUUUACCCUGUUAACUAGAUGAUAAUUAGGCUUAGAGCCCCUGAUAACCUGUGCAAAACAAAACAAAAAGUAUGUAAAAGUCGAAUGUCUUAUUCAGCCUAUAAUCAUAUUUGUAUACAAAGAAACUUUCAUAAAAAAAAAUAAAAAAAGUGUGACUUCAA